AUGAUUGAUGCUGAUUUUACUGUGGCUGUUAUUCGUAAUACUUCUAUAUUAGAUUUAUACGAUGUGUAUAAUAUUUGCUAUGAUUGUGGGCUACCUUUACAAAUCGAAUAUAAAGGAAAUUGGUCAUCAGAAACUGGUCUCAAAAUACUAAAUAAAUUUCGCUUUGGUAUUGCUAUACGCAGAAAGAAUUUUCAUAACUGCUCUAUAAAGGCAACCACCGCGAUACUAAACAAACCAAGAAACUUUAAUAGAUCGGAUUUAGAUUAUCUUAGUGAUGACAAAAAUUUUAUGGAGGAUGAUGCCAUGCAAAGGAAAACGUAUCAAUUGAUAAGGCUAAUGGAAGAUAUGUUUAAUUUAAAGUUUGAAAUCCAUUUUACUGAUAAAUGGGGAGCUAAAACAAAUGGCACUUGGUCCGGAGUUAUUGGUCUCUUAAAUACACAUCAAGUAGAAUUAUCUUUGUGCCCCUUGAGGUACUUAUUAACAAGAAUGCAGGUUAUUGAUUACUCAAGAAAUAUACAUACUGAAAAAAUACAUUUUCUCUUUCGCCAUCCAAAACGUACAAGUAUUCGCAAUAUAUUCUUUGAGCCAUUAGCCGACAUUGUUUGGUGGUGUAUUUUGGCCUUAAUUGUUGUUACAAUACUCAUGUUGACCAUACAUGUGCAUACGGAAUACAAACUAUCAGCGAUGGAGAAUCAUUUCGAUUUCAUUGUUUUAUGCAUUAUGGAAGCUAUACUAAUGCAAGGUCCAGACCCAGAAUUAUUUCGCUGCAAUUCAACACGUGUGCUUAUCGUCAGCGUAUCUAUAUUUUCAAUUUUGCUAAUGCAAUUCUAUGGGGCAUUCAUUGUUAGCUCAUUACUGUCAGAGCCACCACGUACCAUAACAAAUUUACAGGCUUUGUAUAAUAGCAGCCUGGAGGUGGGCAUGGAAAACAUAUCAUAUAAUUAUGAAGUUUUUAUCAACAACAAAAAUCCUUUGGUAAGCAAUCUGUACAAAUAUCGUAUUUGCAAUAAACAUACAAAUCAUGACAAUAUAUUAACGCUUGAGGAGGGUGUCAAAAGAAUUGGCAAGGGAAAUUUUGCAUUUCAUGUGGCUAUCGAUCGAGCAUAUCGUCUGUUGAUAACUUUUCUAACUGAAUCUCAAUUUUGUGAUUUACAAGAAGUGAAUUUUCAUCAACCCUUUACAUUUUCCUCUGGAGUGGGCAUACGGAAAUCUUCACCCUAUUAUGAACAUAUAACUCUGGCACUAGCCAUGUUUCAAGAGGCAGCGCUAUUGCCAUACAAUGAUAAAAAAUGGGAAGUCAAUAAAAUCGAUUGUACGGCCAUAAAAGGUGAAGAGGUCGAAGUUGAUUUGCAACAUUUUGCACCAGCUUUAGCAUUUUUAUUUUUUGCAAUACUAAUAAGUUUUGUGGCUUUAAUUAUUGAAAUUUUGUAUAAAAAGUUUUCAGUAAGAAUGAACUAA